AUGGGGACUUACAUCCCCGCCAAUGCGGUCCAUCCGCACUUGAUCAACCUCAUUCGUCGACACGCGACAGUUCCGGAAGGAAACCUCAACAACCUGUCGGAUGGAGAACUGGCCAAAGCUAUUGGGCUUGCUCUCUCUCUUGGCGACAAAGACGAACGAGACUUCAUCUUGUCGCUCAUUAUGAGUGAUGAGGAUGUCGCUGCUCAGGGUCUCCAGCACCCGGAUGUGCAGGAUAUGGAUCUCCAGAUCCCCUUGACGGCCGGGGAGAGACUUGCCGCCCUUCGAAAAACGCCGGUGCCAGAUGCCAGGGAUGAGCUCGCGCCAAGAAACGGGACAUGCUUCGUUUGUUUUGAACCAGCUCAAGUGACCAUCCCAGGAUGCAGAUGCUUCUUUUGCCUGCGCUGCCUUCGGGAAACCAUCCGCGUCGGCCUCCGUUCUGAGCUGGACUUUCCACCUCAAUGCUGCGUGCCCUUUUCGGAAGAGGCAAUCCGCUCCGUCAAUCGCCCGGCUCUUGUCCAUCUCAACCGCCAAUUCGCCUCCGAGAUGGCCGUCGGGCCUUCGGAGCGGCUCUACUGUCAUCACGGCGAGUGUGCCAUGUAUAUCCGCCCAGAGGCGCAUGGAGAGUGUCUGAGCUGCGGGAGCCGGACGUGUGAAAAGUGCAGAGGACCGGCCCACGAACCCCCAGAGAAAUGCUCGGACGACACGGACGGACCUGCUGAAGAUGUUUAG